AUGGCGGGUAACAAUGGAUCACAGAUUGCAUUUGGAGCUGCCACGUCCACAUUGUUCAAGAUUGAUAUCAAAGAGAAAUUGAAAUGUGAAGCACGAAAGAAGGGUCACGCAUGUGAGAAUAUUGCUCGAAUGGUGCUCACACAUUGUCGUCACCGUCUGUGUUAUGACUGUCUUCUUGAUAAAGUCAUCUUUGCAUUGGAGAAAAAAUUUCCACCACGAUGUGCCAUUAGUCGAUGUGCCAAUACUUUGUCGUGGUCCGAGAUUCAAGCAAUGGCGUGCCACACGAAUCAAUUCGCCCGUAUCCAUGAAUUGGCUCAAAAGCAAUCAAUUGCAUUCGUAAUUCCAUGUGAAAAACGUCCAAAUGAAAUGGAAAUAUUGAUUGAAUGUUUCUUGUAUUCAAAUGAGACAAAUUUAAAGACAAUUGUACUUCCAAAACUUAUCGUUAUCACUGAUGCAAUCACUGCAAUUGUUCAACUUUUGAGAGUUUCAAAUACAAAAUCAUUGUCAUCAAUUCAUGCUUAUUUGAGAAAGAACUGCAAUGAUAAACGAGGAAAAUACAAGUAUGAGAAGGUGCCAACAGAUGCAAAAUCGACUAUUAAAGAGGCUGGAUGGGGAGAUAAUAAGGUCACUCUUGUCAUUGACGAAGAUCGUCAAAUUGCUCGUCUCCGUUGAUUCAUGAAUUGAACUUUUACUGUUUCAAAUUGUCGGUAAAUGAAGGGCU